GACAUGCCAACAGCCAAUACUUACUCUUAUCCCUGGGACAGCUAAUCAAAACGAAUACGGCUUGAACCCCUUAUCUUUGAGACUGCCCUUAGGACUCUAUUAAGUUAAGUCAUUUAACAGCGGAUAGACACAAGUUAUGACAACCCUCACACGAGAGUCAAAAAGAAGGCUUUCGUUAAGAUAAUUCGCCCAUUAAGGAAAGAAUUUCACCGGCUUCUUUCAAAGAGCUUUACAUUUUGCUAAGUUAAGAGUCAUUUUAUCGUAAGAUAAGAAAGCGUCUGUUCAGCUCACUCAGAAAUAUGGAAAUAGAAUGCAACUAUGGAUCGGAGAAUAGCACUGAUUGGAGCCAGUUCACAACCUGGGAUAGCUAAGGCUACCUUGCCUGAAGACAUGGGAUUGCCGUAGAAGUCACAUGCCAAGCAAGAACUUGCUCCUUUCACUUCCCUAGCUGUAAAUCGAGCAGGGCGUACGAGCGAACCAACGUAUGCGAGCUAGCGAUUCCCAAGUGGUCGUUAAUAGAUAGAGGUUGCUUUAGUUCUCCCGGGAAAGAUGCCAAUCUGGUUAGUGUUCAGUCUACCUUUCAAUAAUAGGACGAAUGCGCCUAGCUUCCGGCGGAGAUAGUAGUCUCGUUGGUCAGUUCAAAGGGGCGAGGGAGAGCUUCUGUAGGAGCGUGAUGGCAUCGAGUACCAAAAGAAAUGCUACAAAAGAAAGAAUCUCUGCGUGACCAAUCCAAUGCGUCUUCCAUACCAAAUUAAUCGAUUACUGUCUUUGGGAGUGUAGAAGCUCAUAGAACAAUCAAUGUUUAGCUUGCGGGUAGCCACAGGUAAUACUUUAGAUCAAAAUAAAAGGGCUAGGAGCACAAAAAAGCUAGUAAGUAGUCGUUUGAUUUGCUUUCCUGAAUCGGUACCUAAGAAUUGUUUCCAAACAUUUUUCAAAGAUUAGACGAUGUGAAAGAGCCUUCCUGAUCGGGGCAGCCGCCAGAGCUAGUUUCGAAUAGAAAGAAAGCUCAUAUUCAGCUUUAGAGGCAGGGUCCAGUUCAAUAGCUAAAGCGAUGAUCAUGCACUAGAUAAAUCGAUUGCUACGAAAGUCGUUUCAAGGAGGGUUCUCUCGUAGAGUGAUAAAAAGGUCAUUCAUAUCGAUAUGCUUUUGAGGCUCGAGUAGACUCAAGAUUGAUUCAUGCAGAAAUGUAAUUAAUAAAGAUAAUUCAAGAGGAAGGAAAGGAUGCUGCAUGCAAACGGUUCCUCUUCCUUUAAGUGCUUCUGGCGAAUCCUGAUAGACUUGUAUUCGAAUGAUUCAGAGAUGAGUUCGUGUACGAGGAUCGACGAAGUUGAGGAGAGUGAGCAUUGGUGGGCACAUAGUAGACAUCUUUCUUGCGGCCCUGGUCAACCGAUAGAGGGAAGCAAGAUUGCAUACCCUGGGGCAUCCGCCUAUGUUGUGAUAAUUCGAAAGAUAAAGGAAGGACCCUAUUGUAAUUGUAUGAGUCCGGGAAGUGAAUCAGAUCUAAAAGGAUUUGUUGUACACUGGAGCGGUCUCUGAAAGGUCCCAUCUACUUAGUUCUUGUGAACAAAGAUGUAGUUCUGUCGAUGGCUCAAAUGGAUGAUUUCGUAUGUAAAUAAGGGCCUCAAAAAGAAAAGGGCACCGAGACGGUGAUCCCCUUAAUAGAUAUCUACUCGAAUUAGUUCUAGUGACUCAUCUUCCACAUCCAGAUGAUCGCUCUACCUAUUACGAAAGUACAACUAGUGCUUCUAUGAUAAGCUUUGAUUUGACCGAAGAUGCGAAAAUGAUAGGGCAGAGCGGAAGGGCACCCCCAGAACGUAAAAUACUACAAUCCUCUAAAAGAAAAGGCCAUACAGUCAUCCGGAGAUUGUGUUCGGGGUGGAUUCACUUCCUACUGGGAGCUUUCUUGUCUACUUAGGAACAUGUAGUCUCUCAGCUUCUGGUAUACAACCAAGUUUACCCACUUAUCAUUGUUAUUUCUUUCUAUAUCUUGUUUGUGGCUACAUCCGAGAGAAAGGAGUUGGUGCGUAUGGGACAGAAGUUCCAAAAGCAAAAGAAUGUUACGCCCAAAAAUCCCAUUUCUUUCUUGGUUGGCCUAACCCAACCGGUGAUUUCCGACAAGUCUUUCUUCAUUUUUAGAACAAGAAAUUUUUAGAGCAAGAAAGCAGAACCGAAAGAAAAUAAUAUUCAAUUUCUAUGACAAAUCUGGUCCGAUGGCUGUUCUCCACUAACCACAAGGAUAUAGGGACUUUAUAUUUCAUCUUCGGUGCCAUUGCUGGAGUGAUGGGCACAUGCUUCUCAGUACUGAUUCGUAUGGAAUUAGCACGACCGGGCGAUCAAAUUCUUGGUGGGAAUCAUCAACUUUAUAAUGUUUUAAUAACGGCUCACGCUUUUUUAAUGAUCUUUUUUAUGGUUAUGCCGGCGAUGAUAGGUGGAUCUGGUAAUUGGUCUGUUCCGAUUCUGAUAGGUGCACCUGACAUGGCAUUUCCACGAUUAAAUAAUAUUUCAUUCUGGUUGUUGCCACCAAGUCUCUUACUCCUAUUAAGCUCAGCCUUAGUGGAAGUGGGCAGCGGCACUGGGUGGACGGUCUAUCCGCCCUUAAGUGGUAUUACCAGCCAUUCUGGAGGAGCAGUUGAUUCAGCAAUUUCUAGUCUUCAUCUAUCUGGUGUUUCAUCCAUUUUAGGUUCUAUCAAUUUUAUAACAACUAUCUCCAACAUGCGUGGACCUGGAAUGACUAUGCAUAGAUCACCCCUAUUUGUGUGGUCCGUUCUAGUGACAGCAUUCCCACUUUUAUUAUCACUUCCGGUACUGGCAGGGGCAAUUACCAUGUUAUUAACCGAUCGAAACUUUAAUACAACCUUUUUUGAUCCCGCUGGAGGGGGAGACCCCAUAUUAUACCAGCAUCUCUUUUGGUUCUUCGGUUUUAAAUGGCCCUUUUCAGAUGAAAAUCUGAAUACGCAUUGCGCUGUAUGCUGGGACUGUCUGCUUAAUGGUACUCCUACUAUGUGAAUAAGUGGUUUUCUAGUAAAACCCCGAUCUAGUAAAAAUGGAGUAUCUAAGACACAAUCAGCAGGUAACCAACGACAUAAAAGCAGUCUAGUAGGAACCUCAGAGACUACAUGCGCAACAACUUAUCCUAAAUCCUUCUGUGAGUGGCUAGCUGGAAUUAUCGAUGGUGAUGGAAGUAUUCAAGUUAGUAAACAAGGAUAUACUUCUCUUGAAAUUACUAUAGGACUUGAAGAUCUACCACUACUACGAUAUAUCCAACAUAUGCUUGGUGGAAGUAUUAAAAUGCGAUCAGGUGCUAAAGCUUAUCGUUAUCGACUACAUAAUAAACUUGGUAUGAUUAAACUAAUGAAUUGUAUUAAUGGUCAUAUUCGACAUUCAGCACGACUACUUCAACUACAUCGUGUCUGUCAAGUACUGGAUAUCCCUGUAAUUCUACCUAUUACACUAGAUGCUCAAUCAAAUUGGUUUGCAGGAUUCUUUGAUGCUGAUGGUACCAUUGGUAUCGCUAUGAAGAAUCAACUACCUCAACUAAGUAUUCGAGUAACUAAUAAACUUCUACAAGAUGUAGAGUCUUAUAAGGUAGUAUUUGGAGGAAAUAUCUACUUUGAUAGUAGUCAAAAUGGUUACUAUCAAUGGUCUGUACAAAGUCGAAAAGAUGUUAUCAUGAUGCUAGAUUACUUUAAAUCAAGUACUUUCCGAAGUCAUAAAUCACGACGAUUCUUCCUUAUUGAGGAAUAUUACAGUCUUUACGAUCUCAAAGCAUUUAAACCUGACAGUAUUCACCAUAAAGCAUGGCUAGCUUUCCUAGACAAAUGGAAUAAGUUGAUGAUAUAGUCCACCUUUCUUCUAUUCAUCCGCAACUAUUAGUAGAAGAGAGAAG